AUGUCUGCAACAGCACUUGUGUUACUGACAGUGUGUGGAAACCUGCUGGUGAUCAUCUCCAUCUGCCACUUCAAGCAGCUCCACACACCAACCAACCUCCUCCUCCUCUCUCUGGCUGUGGCUGACCUUCAGGUUGGAGUACUUGUGAUGCCAUUCUAUUUCUCCUCCUUGGUGGACUAUCACUGGUACUUUGAUGCAGUAUAUUGCACCAUUUAUAUUGUGGCUUCCUUCCAUCUGACUUGUGUGUCAGUUUAUAGUAUUGCCCUUAUUGCCGUGGACCGAUAUUUUUCUCUGUGCAACCCUUUUCUCUAUGCCACCAAAAUCACAGUGAGUGGGACUUUGAAGACAAUAUCCAGUGUCUGGCUGUAUUCUUUAACCUACAAUGUGAUUCUUCUUUAUGUCAACGGGAAUUUCUCUGACACCACAGAAAAUGCAACAUAUGUUGGAGGGUGUGAUGCUGUGAUCAGUGAAGCAUUCACUGUUGCUGAUUGUACAUUGAUAUUUCUUAUUCCCUCUUCUACAAUGAUAAUUCUAUACUUGAGAAUUUUUGCUAUUGCUAAAAAGCAUGCAAAUACUAUCAGGUGUGCCAGAGCACAACAUCAUUCAAAGGACAGGAGGAAAAUGAAUUAUUCCAUGGCAUCUAAUAGAAAAGCAGCAAAAAUAUUAGGGAUUCUACUUUCUGUGUUCAUCCUGUGUAUUUCACCUUAUUAUAUAUGCCUCUUCUUAUCAGUGCACCUGAAGACAAUGAUCCUGAAUCAUAUGGCUCUUUAUAUGUUGAUUCUGUUGUUUGCAAAUUCUGCCAUUAAUCCUAUCAUUUAUGCUCUCUUUUAUCCUUGGUUUCAGAAAUGUGUUAAACUCAUCGUAACACUCAAGAUAUGUAGCCCAGAAUCCUCACUGAAAAAUGUCCUUUGA